AUGGUACAUUUUUAUCAGUUUUCAUCCGGAUCACGACGCCUUCCUAAGGAACUGAUUGUUGACGAAGUUGAUGAGAUGUUCCUCCCUUCACAUCAGGGCAUAUUGAUACCAUUGAAGAAGAAUGCUGACGCUGUUCGCGCUUUCGUCGAGAAGCUUCCUGUACUUUUUGAACAUGCUGGCAGCUCUUCGAACUGCCUUGGAUCUGCACUGAAGAUUGUGCAUGAGUUAAUAGCAGAUAUAGGUGGACGUGUAACAGUGUUUCAAGCGUCGAUCCCUAAUCUUGGACCCGCUAGCUUGAAAUCUCGCGAGGAUCCGAAUCAGAGAGCAGCAAAUGAUGUUCAAAAUCUCGGACCGGUGACUGAUUUUUAUAAAUGUCUCGCUUUGGAGUGUACUGGACAUCAGGUGGCUUUGGAUCUGUUCAUGCUUAACUCACAAUACGCUGACCUUGCCACUCUGUCUGAAAUGGCGAAAUUCUCCACCGGCUGUGUUUACCACUUUCCAAACUAUCAUUGCCUCAACGAUACCGUGCAGGUGAAGAGAUUCGAGAAAAUUCUCACAAGAUACCUCACGCGGAAAAUUGGAUUUGAGGCCGUACUUCGAAUACGCUGUUCAAGAGGGCUCAGCUUAUCCGCCUUUUACGGAAAUUUCUUCGUAAGAUCAACUGACCUUCUUGCUCUGGCUAACGUGAAUCCAGACUCAGCUAUUGCGGUCCAGGUGAGCAUGGAGGAGAAGCUGGCAACCACUGUAUGCUUUCAAGCAGCUCUUCUUUACACAUCCAGCAAAGGGGAUCGUCGUAUCCGGGUUCAUACAAUGUGCCUACCUACAACUGCAGAUUUGGCUCAAGUGUACAACAACUUUGACCUGAAAGCCACGGUUUCCCUUAUUGCGAAAAUCGGAGUUGACCGAUCAAUGACGGGCUCUUCGCUGGCGGAUUGUAGAGAGGCUAUAGUGAAUGCUGUAGUAGAUUCGCUUGGUGCUUACCAUAAGACUAUGCGGCAAGGCCGUCCAGGUGGUGUACUUGUGCCACGGAAAGGUCAUCUGCGCACGUCUUUCUGCGCCGGUCGCAGCGUCAAGCUGGAUGACAGAGUCGCAUCCAUGUUGAUGUUGCGAUUUUGUCCUCUGGAGCAGAUUCUUUCUGAAUUUUAUCCGCAGCUUUACCGACUUAACGAGAUUCUCCAGCUUGAGGACGGGAGAAGUGCGCAUCACCUUUACCUUUGUCAUAGAGAAGGCAUCUAUCUCAUUGAAGCGGGGUCAGCGAUCUAUCUCUAUUUCUCGUCCCACUCCGAUGUUCAACUCAUACAGGACCUCUUCGGAUGUCCCUACUCUCAAGUCGACGAGCAGUCGUUCCGGAUUCAUGAAAAUCCGUUCUCCGAGAAAGUCCAUGCUUUCGUUCGUCAUGUAACGGCUCUCAAAUUCUACCUUGGUCCUGUGAUUCUUGUCAAGGAGGAUUCGGCUAUACGUGAAGACGUAAUGAGGCGAUUUGUUGACGACCGUAGCGAGUCCACGCACUCCUAUGUCGAGUUCUUGCAACACAUAAAACGCGAAAUCAGUAACACGUGA